CACAGAGACACCCACUAAAAGCCGGCAUUACUAUAGUCUAUUUCUUUUUUCAACAUCCCAUUCCAGAGACCUGGUAAACCAGAGGUCCCUUUCUUCUCUUUCCCAGCUUCUCGACUUUGUUUACACGUUCCUUACUGUUUGCUCAUUUGGGUUAUUCUGAUUUUUGUUGAACAUAGAAGAAUUUUGAUCGGCUUUCAGUUUUUUUGUUGGCUUGACUUGGUUUGUUUUAUUACUGACUGGUUCUGAGAUCCUAAAAUUUAAGGGAAAUUACUUCUUUCUGUUUGUUGUUGUAAUAUUUCUGGAUUUCAUCUUUGGUCAAUAAAGAUUUUUGACUUCUUUUGGCCUCUUUGGGUGUCCUUAAUUUUGUUCAUCUUACUGUAACAUCAUUUGUGCACUUGUUAUCUUUGUAUGGAUGAAGUCGGCAACUGAAUACACGAAGAAAUUUCCAAAUUCGGUCGUUAAGAUAAGAUCCAACAUGUUUGGUGUUAACACAUCCAGUGGGAUUAGAUCUUGGUGUUGAAAGCAGGGAGGUUAUAAAGAAAUCAGUUUAGUGCUAUAUGGGGAAUACUUGUGUCGGACCUAGCAUUUCUAAGAAUGGUUUCUUCCAAUCGGUUUCUGCCGCAAUGUGGCGAACCCGGAUGCCUGAUGAUUCGGUUUCUCCUCAUACUAAUGGAGAAACAGUCAAUGAGGAAAUGCAGCAACCCGAAUCGCCUUUGCCGGUCCAAAACAAGCCCCCAGAACAAAUGACAAUUCCAAACUCGGAACCAGUGCAACCUGCAAAAGCUAAGAAGAACCCACAUAUGAAGAGGGUGGCUAGUGCAGGUCUUCGUGCUGAGGUUUUGAAGACGAAAACUGGUAAUAUAAAGGAAUUUUUCAGUCUGGGAAAGAAACUAGGACAAGGGCAAUUUGGGACAACGUUUCUUUGUGUGGAGAAGGCAACAGGGGAAGAAUAUGCGUGCAAAUCUAUUGCAAAGAGGAAGUUGAUAACAGACGAAGAUGUUGAGGAUGUGAGAAGGGAAAUUCAGAUAAUGCACCAUCUGAAGGGGCAUCCGAAUGUUAUAUCUAUCAAAGGGGCUUAUGAAGAUGCAGUGGCUGUUCAUGUUGUGAUGGAACUAUGUGCAGGUGGUGAACUUUUCGAUAGGAUUAUUAAGCGUGGGCAUUACACAGAAAGAAAGGCAGCUGAGCUUACCAGAACUAUAGUUGGGGUUCUAGAAGCUUGUCAUUCACUGGGAGUGAUGCAUCGUGACCUUAAGCCAGAAAAUUUUCUCUUUGUCAACAAUAAAGAGGAAUCACUUCUCAAAACCAUUGACUUUGGGUUAUCGAUAUUCUUUAAACCAGGUGAAAGAUUUUCUGAUGUGGUUGGAAGCCCAUAUUAUGUUGCACCGGAAGUUCUGCGGAAGCAUUAUGGUCCAGAAGCGGAUGUUUGGAGUGCUGGAGUGAUUCUGUACAUUCUAUUAUGCGGAGUGCCUCCCUUUUGGGCAGAAGCGGAACAAGAGAUAUUCGAACAGGUCCUGCAUGGUGAUCUUGAUUUCUCAUCUGACCCAUGGCCCAGUAUCUCCAACAGUGCAAAAGAUUUAGUGACAAAAAUGCUUGUUCGAGAUCCUAGAAGGCGGCUCACUGUUCAUGAAGUUUUGUGUCAUCCCUGGGUUCAAGUUGAUGGAGUUGCUCCCGACAAGCCUCUUGAUUCUGCAGUUUUAAGUCGCUUGAAGCAAUUUUCUGCUAUGAACAAGCUCAAGAAAAUGGCACUUAGAGUCAUUGCAGAGAACUUAUCUGAAGAAGAGAUAGCUGGCCUAAAAGAAAUGUUCAAGAUGAUUGACACAGACGAUAGUGGUCAAAUCAGUUUUGAAGAACUGAAGGCUGGUUUGAAAAGAGUAGGAGCUAAUCUUAAGGAAUCUGAAAUUUAUGAUCUGAUGCAAGCCGCAGAUAUAGAUAACAGUGGAACCAUUGAUUAUGGGGAGUUCAUUGCUGCAACACUGCAUCUGAACAAAAUCGAGAGACAGGAUCAUCUAUUUGCAGCUUUUUCGUACUUCGACAAGGAUGGAAGUGGUUAUAUUACUCCUGAUGAGCUUCAAAAGGCUUUUGAGGAGUUUGGGAUAGAAGAUGUUCGCCUUGAAGAAAUGAUCCAAGAAGUUGAUCAGGAUAACGAUGGACGCAUAGAUUACAAUGAGUUUGUUGCCAUGAUGCAAAAAGGAAAUGCUGUAGGUGUUGGUAAGAAGGGCCUAGAACAUACUUUCAGCAUCGGGCUUAAAGAAGCUCUAAGACUAUAGUUGCAUAGGCAGUGGUGAGAUUCUUCAUUCUUUCUUCUUUGCUUUCAACCUCUCGAGAUUGUACAGUAGGAGCAUAUAUGCUCAUCUAAGGAGCACCAAGGCCUUUCUAAAGAGAUACAAAAAACAUGAUUGAAUUUUUUCAGAGUUUCAUGUGCUAUGAGUUUUGCAACUACACCAACCCUUUUAAUUGUAAUAUUGCAUACCAUAUGGAUGACCAAAAAUAAAAUGUAUGUUCCUUUGUGUU